GUAACGUGUUGAAUAAAGAGGUGGUUAGUGUGUUUCAAUCAAUGCACGCAAAUACUUCGAUUACACCUACUACGUCGAACAGCGGUUGUUUUUGUGAUUUUCCAUGUUUAUAAAAAUCUACAAAAUCUUGAUUAAACAUGGAAGAAGAGGAUACUUACUUACCAGAAAAUCAUCCAUUAAAGCAAUACUUUCGAGAAAUCGGAAUUCCUGAUAUUGUUUCUUGCGAAAUCUCUAAAACAUCUAAUACUAUUACGACUUCUCCGGUGAAAAAGUUUUCCCAAAUUUCAUCAUAUUUAAAAUGCAUAAAUCCUUUUGCUCUUAAAUUCCAUCUUUUAUUCGAUUCACUGAUUACAAGACAAUUUUUGCAUCAGAUAAUUAGCGUAAUACAGUCCAGUGACCUAAUUACUGUUGAGAAUAAACCGGUAGUUGAAUACAUAUGCUCAGUGGAAAAUAAAGAGCAAGUUCACACAAGAUAUUAUUUUGUCAUAUUUCUCAUUAUUUUUGGAUUCGGAUUAAGUUACUCUACGUACAUGACUAUCAUAUUAUUGCUGGUUAUUUUAUGUUUACGGAUGCCUACUGUGCUUUUCUUGAUUGCAUCUAAACACCAUCUUGCAGACGCAUUGAAACAAAUGAAAAAAUUCUCUCAAGGAUCACAUCUUAUUGUUCUUUUCUUACAAGAUCUGAAUACCCGUCGUUAUUUCGGUCCCAAAAUUGUAGAUAAAAAUACGUUCAAACUUUUCCCACUGAUAUACCAUCAACUAUACAACUUUAUGCACAACUACCUUUUAGCAUUGAUUGACUUUUCUGUAAAAUUGGAAAACUUAAUUGAUGAAAAUAAUUCGUUUCUACCAUUGGAGAUGUCAAGUUCAGAACUUAUUCAAUUAAAAUGUGAUAUAGAAGAAAAACCUGCAGAUCCAAACAUUGAAAAUUUAAAAAUGUUUUGUGAACUGUUGAAAAUCUUAACUUCUGAUCUUUUGAUCAAAUUAUCCUCAGUGAUUUGUCAAUCAAGACACGAUACUUUCCAUCUAUUACAAUUAACUAAAUCAGUUUGUAAAUGGGAUUAUUUUUUGAAUAAAAUAAAAAAUGAAUUCAUCAAAGUGAAUGAUUUGCAUACAAUGAUUUUAAAUGGCAAAUUCAUCAGUAAUAACGAUCAAAUUGGUAAAAAUUGUGUAUCUGGAGAAAAUGAAGGCAAAAAUCUCCAUAAACGACCAGAGGCUCGAAUAACUCACGAACUGUUAUUACAUCUUCUUGUUUCUGUAGAACAUGCUAACAACUUGAAGUCUUAUAUUGAGCAAAAUUGUAAUAUUUCAUUUGUUUCCAAUGAAACAUUUUCCAACUUAGUUAAUCUGGUACGUUGUCAAUUGAAUUCAUCUUUGAUCUUCUUGAAUGAAUUGGAUAAUGCUCAAACUGUAAAUUAUGUUGAUCUGCCAAAAGAAAAUCUCGAGACAACUGAUGUUGACUUUUUAUAUUGUCGAGAUGAGAUUCCAUCUAAUAGAGCUGUUUUAAAAGCGGUGGAUCCAAUUGUAGAAGAUGAUGUAUUAGAAGAUAUAGCCAUUGGGGACUCUUCUAGUCGUGAAUCCGAAACGGAAUACGACAAUGUUGAUGAUGUGGAUUCUCUAAAGAGCCCAUUAUCAGGUAUGCAUGUUUCUGUAUUGAAAGAGCUUAAAAAUGUAAUAUCUCACCGGCGAAUAAUUAUGCAAGAACGUGAAGAAUGUGCUCUGAAACGACGAUUGAAAAUUGAAUGUCUUGAUGACGAAAAGCCGAGUCUAGCUACUGACAAGGUCAACCUAACUUCUGAAAAGGAGCUUCAAACUUCAUUUCUACCAUCAUCUGAUUCACUUGAUACAAAUGAAAACAAUUGCGCAUCCAUGAAUGAUAAACUUUUAGAAUUUUUCUCAACUUCUUCAAUUAAUUCAUCAUGUGAAAAUUUCAAAAAAUAUCAUACUAGACGUCGACAUUUCAAAUCUAAUGUUCUAAAACGAAAUGAAAUCUUUUACCAAUUGUCAUCUACUAGUAGUGUACAUGAAAAUUCUGAAAAUGCACAGUCACAAAAUUUACCAAACAAUCAACUUUUGCAAUGUUCUACAUUAGCGAGCGCUUUAAUGAAUCAACGUAAACUAUUAGGAUUCACUAUGGAGGAUUGUUUUACAGGAAUCGGUUCAGGUGAAAUGUAUGUAAACAUUGCCGAAGAGAAUCAUUCAAACAUUUCAUUAGAUAAUCAAUGA